AAGUGGAUACGCUAGCCGAACAUCACCGGCCUCUUAGCUUAUCUGCUGAGUGGCUUAUCAUCCAGGAUGUAACAGUCCUUAGGGUCUAUCCGAGCCCUAAUCCAUGACCUGGGUGCUAUCCGAGUAGUCCGGGUAGUGUCCAGCCACCGUAAUAUAAACUAGCUUCUUGAAAAUUUCUUCUUCCAAAGUCUUGAAGACACACAAAAGCCUUUCACAAAAGUUGGGCAAUAUAAAAAGACAAUGACGGCGAUAACAAAGCAAGUAGUCCAGAAGGCGAUCGACGAAUAUAUUGCGGGGUUGCAACCGUCUUUGCGCGAGUUGAAUCUCAAGAUUCACGAGAACCCAGAGUUGGCCUACAAAGAACACCAAGCCCAUGAUGUACUAUGCGAAUUCCUCGAAGCCCAAGGGAUUCCAACGACCCGCCAUGCCUACGGCCUGAAGACAGCAUUUGAAUCUCUCUCGGGUAAUUCUACCGGGCGCUGUGUCAAUUUUAACGCCGAAUACGACGCCUUACCUGGAAUCGGACAUGCAUGCGGCCACAACCUCAUCGCAACCGCCAGUGUUACCGCGUUCUUGGCCUUGGCCUUCGCCAUUCAGAAAUUCAAUCUUCCAGGACAAGCGCAGUUGCUGGGAACACCCGCCGAAGAAGAAGGUGGAGGUAAAAUCGAUCUCAUUCGGGCGGGUGCCUAUGAGAAGGCCGAUGUAUCUCUGAUGAUGCACCCUAUCUCGGAAGAAGAACUCAUCUCUCACAAUAUCUUGGGUAUCGCAGGCCAACCAUCAAUCUCUUGCUAUGAUAUCACUGCCGUCUAUCACGGGGUUAGUGCCCAUGCGGCGGUCAAUCCCUGGGAGGGUAUUAACGCACUCGAUGCCGUUGUGGCGGCCUACAAUAAUAUCUCAAUGUUACGGCAGCAGCUCCGCCCCGACGAAAGAGUGCAUGGGGCGAUUUUACAAGCACCGAGUAUCACUAAUGCCAUUCCCGAACUCACCCGCACCGUAUACACUAUUCGCAGUCGUACGAUGGAGAGAACACGACUCCUCGGUACUCGGGUGCGCCGGUGUUUAGAAGCGGCUGCCCUAGCCACCGGAUGCAAAAUUGAACUCGAGGAAGAUCAGGUCUAUGGUGACCUUGUAGUGAACCCACCGCUCUGUAAAGGUUUCGCAGAGUACAUGGACGAUCAGGGAAUACGUGUUGUGGCGACCGAUGACACUUUGAUGGCUGGGUCUACCGAUCAGGGGAAUGUGUCCCAAAUCAUGCCAGCUCUACAUGCUGUUGUUGGUAUUCCGGUGAGUAACGGUGCUAAGAACCAUACGCACGAAUUUACUGCUGCUGCUGCGGGUGAUGAGGCACAUCAAAGGACUAUUUUGGCUGGGAAAGCGAUGGCUAUGACAGGGUGUAGAAUUCUGGUAGCUGAGGACUUUUACCGAGAAGUCAAGGACGCCUUUUCGGUGACGCAGAAAGAUACACGCUAAAUACUUGUUUCUCAUUGAGGGUUGAAGAUAUUAAGCCUCAGACGUCAAUAGAAUAUAGU